AUGGAUGUGAAGAAUGAAAAAGAAGAUUUGACCUUAUCCUCUUCGCUAACUGGAGGGGUGCAACACGCACCUACUCUGACUGACGAUGCUUUGGGCUGGAUGGGAACGUCUAUCCUUAUGAUGAAAACGCAAAUUGGACUCGGCGUGUUAUCCAUCCCAUCCGCUUUCGACGCGUUAGGCCUCGUUCCAGGGGUAAUCUGCUUAAUCGUCAUCGCGGCUACCAUGAGCUGGUCCGGUUAUAUGGUCGGUGUCUUCAAGCUGAACCACCGCGAGGUGUAUGGUAUAGAUGACGCGACUGGGCUAAUGUUUGGUCCGGUUGGUCGAGAGAUUCUGGGAAUAGGAUUAACCCUUUUCUUGAUUUUUUGUGGUGCUUCCGGUAUUCUAGGUCUCUCUAUCGCUUUAAAUGCUGUCUCAAACCAAGGGGCAUGCACUGCUGUCUUUGUUGCAGUCGCUGCUGUCGGGGUUCUUGGCCUCGCUAGUAUUCGAACCCUGGACCGAAUAAGUGUGCUAGCGUGGGCGGGUCUGGCAUGUAUGCUUACUUCUAUCUUGAUUGUGACGAUUGCCGUGGGAAUUCAAGACCACCCUGACGCCGCCCCUCCCGGUCCCUGGGUUUCAGACUACAAGAUAGUGAACUCCUCAAGUUUCACUGAUGGUAUCUCAGCUAUUUCACAGUUAAUUUUCGCCUACGCUGGCACGCCUUUCUUUUUCCCAAUCGUAUCUGAGAUGCGCGAUCCUCGCCACUACACAAAGUCACUGACGGUCUGCCAAACUGUCGUGACUGUUACCUACAUAACGAUUGGAACCGUCGUUUACUAUUUUUGCGGAUCCUAUGUCUCAUCGCCCGCCCUUGGUUCGGCUGGAAGAUUAAUCAAACGAAUUGCCUACGGGGUUUCUCUUCCGGGUUUAUUAGUCACCUCAACAAUCAGCACUCAUAUGGCGAGCAAGUACAUUUUUCUCCGUUUCAUGCGAGGUUCUAAGCAUCUUGCUGCAAAUACACUUGUACACUGGGCGACGUGGCUGGCUUGUGUAUUCGGUGUGAUUGUCGUCGCGUAUAUUAUUGCAAGCGGAAUUCCUAUUUUCGGCAGCCUCAUAUCUUUGGUUGGGGCUCUUUUAGGAACAUUACAGUGUUUCCAGCCGGCAGGUUGUAUGUGGCUAUACGAUAAUUGGAGCAAAGGCAAGGAACAGCAGUCGCUUCUAUGGAUCUUGAUGGUAUGCUAUAGUGUUGCUAUGAUCGUGAUUGGCACCUUCCUGAUGGUUGGCGGCACGUACGGUGCAGUGGUUGGUAUCAUUGACUCUUUGAAAGCCGAUGAAACGUCUGGUGCUUGGCCUUGCGCUGAUAACUCCUGA